AUGGCCUGGAAUAAUGACACAGCAAUGUCUGAAUUUAUUCUUCUCGGGCUUUCUGGAAAACCAAAGACACGAGUCAUACUUUUUAUGGUCUUCCUAAUUUUCUAUCUGAUAAUUCUGAUAGGAAAUACACUCAUCAUUCUUCUUACCACAAGAGAAAAAAGUCUGCAGACACCUAUGUAUUUUUUUCUUACAAAUCUCUCAGUCAUGGAUGUCUGGGUUUCUUCCACGAUUAUUCCAAGAAUGCUAAACGAUCUAACAUCAGUCAAAAAAACUAUUUCCUAUACGGAAUGUAUAACACAAAUGUAUGUUUCACUUUCAUUAGGGAAAUGUGAGUGUAUUCUGCUAGCCAUCAUGGCUUAUGAUCGUUAUAUUGCUAUAUGUUAUCCAUUACAUUAUAAUGAAGUUAUCAAUAGGCCUGUCUGCAUCAGGUUAGCAGCUGGCACAUGGAUAUGUGGAUUUCUUCUAUCAAUUCCCCAUAUUGCACUUACGUUAAGCGUAAACCUGUGUGGACACAAUGAAAUAAACCAUUUUUUAUGUGAAGUACCAGAGUUCCUUUCAAUGGGAUGUGAGAAUAUCACAAUCGCCGAAUUUGUCAUAUUUAUUGUAGGUGUGAUUAUCUUAAUCAUACCCGUCAUUGUUAUAAGUUUGUCUUAUGUCCAAAUUAUAUUAAGUAUUUUAAAAAUUGCAUCAUUUACUGGACAGCAAAAAGCCUUUUCCACCUGUGGAUCUCACAUGAUAGUUGUAACAUUAUUUUAUGGUUCAGCCAUGGCUGCAUAUAUGAAACCCAGAUCAUACUCUUCUCCAGAUACGGACAAAAUGAUAACAAUAUUUUACUUCAUUAUCACGCCAAUGUUAAAUCCAAUGAUUUACACUCUUCGGAAUAAGGAAGUCAAAUCUGCUUUGAAGAAAUUCCGACAUAAACACACAUUCUGCGUUCCAUUGUGA